UGUCCUCCACACACCCUCCCACUGCUCCACACACUCUCCUACACACCAUGCGUACCUGUGCGGACUAUCUCUGCCUCCUCGCGCUGGAUUUUACGGACACUUCUGGCUGAUACCGACCGCAGACUGAACCCUGGAAGGAUAACCCGACCUACGGAGAUUAGAGUUUUGUUUUCUUGAGCUACUUUUUUUUUUUUUUUUGGAAACAGGAGACUGAACGCUUCGGCAAAGGCUUUAAAGGACGACCGGGCCGUGCCAUGAGAGUCCACUUUUAAGUGCGAGCCAAGAAGGUCCAGCAGCUCUUUUGUGUUUGUUGUGGUGUGCUGAAGCGGAGUCUCUGUCCAACAUGAGGAGCAGCUCCCAUGUCCUGCCUCUGGGUGUGCUCACGGCUCUGCUGCUGUCUCAGGUCUGCUCCGGCAUCAAAUGGCUAGCGCUAUCACACGUGUCUCUGCACAUCAACCAGACCCAGCACUGUAAGCUGCUGCCGGGCAUGGUCUCCUCUCAGGCUCAGCUGUGCCGCAGCAACCUGGAGCUCAUGCAAACCAUCAUCCAGGCCGCCCGCGAGGUCAAGAAGACGUGCCAGAAGACUUUCUCUGACAUGCGCUGGAACUGCUCGUCCAUCGACAUCCCCAUUGAUGCUCAGAAGUAUCGACCCGACCUCGACAGAGGAACACGAGAGUCAGCUUUUGUCUAUGCCCUGUCAGCAGCGACCAUCAGCCACACCAUCGCUCGGGCCUGCACUACAGGAGAUUUGCGGCUCUGCUCGUGUGGUCCCAUUCCUGCAGAGAUCCCUGAGCCGGGCUACCGCUGGGGAGGCUGCGCAGACAACCUUCACUACGGUUUGAUCAUGGGCUCCAAGUUCUCUGAUGCGCCUCUAAAGAUGAAGCGGGCAGGAUCGCACGCCAACAAACUGAUGCACCUACAUAACAGUGAAGUCGGCAGACAAGUACUGAGAGAUGCGAUGGUGAUGAAGUGUAAAUGUCACGGCGUGUCCGGCUCCUGCUCUAUACGGACCUGCUGGAGGGGCCUGCAGGACCUGAGGGAGAUCGCCAUGGACCUAAAGACCAAGUACCUGUCUGCUACUAAAGUGGUUCACCGACCCAUGGGGACACGCAAACAGCUGGUACCCAAAGACAUCGACAUCAGGCCGGUGAGGGAGAACGAGCUGGUCUACCUGCAGAGCUCCCCGGACUUCUGCACCAAGAACGACAAACAAGGCUCCGUGGGAACAAAGGAUAGGCAGUGCAACAAAACCUCUCUGGGCAGUGACAGCUGCGACCUGAUGUGCUGCGGUCGUGGCUAUAACCCGUACACAGAGAAGCUGGUGGAGCGCUGCCACUGCAAGUACCACUGGUGCUGCUACGUCACCUGUAAGAAGUGUGAGCGGAUCGUAGAGAGAUACGUCUGCAAAUGAGUCCAUGCUGCGGUCCUCUGCUCGCAUACCCAGCUCGGCCCCCGGGACUCCAGAUUAACCAAAGCACUACAGUACUACAAAGGCUUACUUCUGUCUUAAGCUUUAGCAUGUGUAUCUCACGGGAAGCGGUCUGUUCUUGUGUCAGUAUCAUUUUGUAUCAAAUCUCAGAAAUGGGCUUCUUCACUUCACGAACUGGACGUGGAGUGCCGGUUUACGUGAAGACCACCGUCCACCUGGGUAUUUCUUAUGUCUUGUUAAUGAGUAUCAAUCCCCCAGAAAGGGGUGCUAAAGUCUAUUUUAUUAUACCUUUAAUAAAAAGAAAUAAUAUUGGAUUUUAUGCUGGAGGAGCAGGGUUGUUUCUCCUCCUCACUAGACUUUUGUUUGGAUUCACUCCACGGAUUUCAAAGGGUUCGAAUGGAUCCAUCUGGUACUUUUUUAUAACGGUACUAAAACUUUUUUCCUCGCUGUGAUGGACAAUAGAGGAAAAGGAAACACAAAGGGAACUUCAAGUACUUUUCAAUCAUGGAUCUUUGUUUGUGGUUGAUGUUUUUGGACUCUCACCAUGUGUCCUGUGUGGAUCUUAACACGCCUGCAUCCCUGUGGAUCGAGAGACGAAGAAGAAAAAGGACUUUGUAAAAUGGUGCAUUAUCUCCUUUAUGUCUGCAGUUCAAAUAUAUUCUAUUUUUCAGAGCCUACGAGCUGAACUUCUGGAUUUUUGUAAACCACUUUUGUGUGG